CUGGCAGUUGGUAACCCGGACCCACAUUAGAAGCAAAGAGGUCAACCAGAAGCAAACGGACUCCCGGCAGGCUCCGCCCCCUUGCCCUUCGCUGAUUGGUUUCUUCAGGCUUCGCUUUCUGAUUGGCCGGACGGGCUCAGCGCGCAAUUUAAAACAUUGUACGAGGAACAAAGCUGCGCCUCGUGGGCGGAGUUGUGUUCUCCGGUAGCGGGAGUCUGGGUUCUGCAGCUGGGUGGGAGCUGGGACCGGAGAAGCAGCGAGGCAGACCGUCUUCCGACGUUGGCUGACUCUCCUUGCCAUGUCUCACGAGAUCCUUUCUCCGCCAGCGGGCUUACUGUCCGAUGAGGAUGUUGUAGUCUCCCCCAUGUUUGAAUCAACAGUUGCAGAUCUGAGGUCUGUGAUCCGAAAGGACCUUUUGUCAGACUGCUCUGUCAUCACCUCCUCUCUGGAGGACAAACAGGCUCCAUUUGAGGACACUGCAGAGAGAGUGAAAGUUUACCUUCGAAUCAGACCCUUCUUAACUUCUGAGUUGGACCGACAGGAAGAUCAGGGCUGUGUCCGUAUUGAGACUACAGAAACCCUUAUGCUGCAAGCACCCAAAGACUCCUUUGCCUUGAAGAGCAACGAGAGGGGAAUUGGUCAGGCCACCCACAAAUUCACCUUUUCCCAGAUAUUUGGGCCAGAAGUGGGACAAGCAUCCUUCUUCAACCUGACGGUAAAGGAGAUGGUAAAGGAUGUACUCAAAGGGCAGAACUGGCUCAUAUACACAUAUGGAGUCACCAACUCGGGGAAAACCUACACAAUUCAAGGUACUUCUAAGGAUGGGGGAAUCCUGCCUCGAUCUCUGGCUCUCAUCUUUAAUAGUCUCCAAGGCCAACUUCAUCCAACACCUGAUCUGAAGCCCUUGCUCUCCAAUGAGGUGAUCUGGCUAGACGGCAAGCAGAUUCGCCAUGAGGAAAUGAAGAAGCUGUCCUUGCUAACCGGAGGUCUCCAAGAGGAGGAGCUGUCCACCUCCUUGAAGAAACGUGUCCAUCUAGACAGUCGGAUGGGUACCAGCACCAGCUCUGACAGUGGCAUUGCUGGGCUCUCCUCCACCAGUCAGCUCACCAGCAGUAGCCAGCUGGAUGAAACAAGUACUUCAUGGGCACAGCCAGAUACUGCCCCAGUGAGUGUGCCAGCAGACAUCCGCUUCUCUGUCUGGAUCUCCUUCUUUGAGAUCUACAAUGAAUUGCUUUAUGACCUGCUAGAACCACCUAGCCACCAGCGUAAGAGACAGACGCUGCGGCUGUGCGAGGAUCCAAACGGCAAUCCUUAUGUGAAAGACCUCAACUGGAUUCAUGUUCGAGAUGUUGAGGAAGCCUGGAAGCUCUUGAAAGUGGGCCGUAAGAACCAGAGUUUUGCCAGCACCCACCUGAACCAGAACUCUAGUCGCAGUCACAGCAUUUUCUCAAUCAGAAUCUUGCACCUUCAAGGAGAAGGGGAUAUCAUGCCCAAGAUCAGUGAACUGUCACUGUGUGACUUGGCUGGCUCAGAGCGCUGCAAAGAUCAAAAGAGUGGUGAACGGCUAAAGGAAGCAGGAAACAUUAACACUUCUCUGCAUACCCUGGGCCGCUGUAUUGCUGCCCUGCGACAGAAUCAGCAGAACAGGUCAAAGCAGAACCUGAUUCCUUUCCGGGACAGCAAGUUGACUCGUGUGUUCCAAGGCUUCUUCACAGGUCGAGGCCGUUCCUGCAUGAUUGUCAAUGUGAAUCCCUGUGCCUCUACCUAUGAUGAGACUCUUCACGUGGCCAAGUUCUCAGCCCUUGCCAGCCAGCUUGUGCACGCCCCGCCUGUGCAUUUGGGAAUCCCAUCCCUGCAUUCAUUCAUCAAGGAGCACAGUCUUCAGGUAUCCCCGGGCUUAAAGAAAGGGGGCACAGCUGACUCGGGCCUUGAUGACCAUCCCGAAAAUGAAGCUGACAUCUCCAUGUACGGCAAGGAGGAGCUCCUGCAGGUGGUGGAAGCCAUGAAAACACUGCUUUUAAAAGAACGCCAAGAGAAGCUGCAGCUGGAGAUGCAGCUCCGUGAGGAAAUUUGCAACGAGAUGAUAGAACAGAUGCAGCAGCGGGAGCAGUGGUGCAGUGAGCAUCUGGACAACCAGAAGGAACUGUUGGAGGAGAUGUAUGAAGAGAAGCUAAAGAUCCUGAAGGAAUCACUGACAAGUUUCUACCAAGAAGAGAUUCAGGAACGGGAUGACAAAAUCGAAGAGCUAGAAACUCUCCUGCAGGAAGCCAAACAGCAGCCAGCGGCUCAGCAGUCGGGGUCUGGACUGUCCCUAGUACGGCGGUCACAAAGGCUGGCAGCUUCUGCCUCCACUCAGCAGCUCCAGGAAACUAAAGCUAAACUGGAGCAAUGCAAAGCAGAGCUAAGCUCCACCACUGAAGAGCUGCAGAAGUAUCAGCAAAUGUUAGAACCACCACCGACAGCCAAGCCUUUCAUCACUGAUGUGGAUAAGAAGUUAGAGGAGGGCCAGAAGAAUAUAAGGAUGCUACGGACUGAGCUUCAGAAACUAGAGCAGUCUCUCCAGUCAGCAGAACGAGCCUGCUGCCAUAGCACGGGGGCAGGAAGACUUCGGCAAGCCUUGACCACCUGCGAUGACAUCCUUAUCAAACAGAACCAGACCCUGGCUGAGCUACAGAAUAACAUGAUGCUAGUGAAACUAGACCUUCGGAAAAAGGCAGCCUGCAUCGCCGAGCAGUAUCACACCGUGCUGAAACUCCAAGGCCAGGCUUCUUCUGCUAAAAAGCGGCUGGGAACAAACCAGGAAAACCAGCAACCAAAUCAUCAACCUCCAGGAAAGAAACCAUUCCUUCGAAACUUACUUCCCCGAACACCCACCUGCCAAAGCUCAACAGACAGUGGCCCUUAUACACGGAUCUUGCGCUCACGGCACUCUCCUUUGCUCAGAUCUCCUUUUGGCAAAAAAUACUAAAGUUGUGGGGAUGAAGAUGCACCCUUGUUGCUCUAAGGUUGGUCAGCUGAUCAGCUUAUAAGUCUCUUAAGUUUCAGCACAGAUAUAUAUAUGUACCCUGAACUGUGUCCAAAAUUAUUGUAUUAUAAUCACCUAUAUAAUCUUGGUUUUUUUCAUGCACAAAUAUUAUACUGAAUAAAGACAUUGUUUAUGCUUUUAUUUGGAUACCAAACUUAGAAAAAUAUAAAAAGGGGAACAGAAACUGAUAUAAAUACCACCUAGCCCGUUGGACCCUUGGACGGGAACAGCAAUGGGAACCAGCCUAAGGUGUACUACGAAAUGAGUCAAAUGGCAGAAGUAUUCGAAAGGUUUGGUUUUGUUGGUUGGUUGGCUGGGUUUUUCGACAGGUCUUACUAUGUAGCUCUCACUGGCCUGAAACUUGCUGUGUGGAUAGCUAGCCUCAAAAUAUCCACCUGCCUGUCUCCAAAAUGCUAGGAUUAAAGACAUGCACCACUAUGCCCAGCUAAUUUUUCUUUAUAAAUGAAGUCUCAAAAGUAAGAGGGGAAUAAAAAUGUUCUGAGCACAAGGAAGGCUACAUCCUAAACACAGAAUGAUCAAUAGCAUCAUACAGCACAAACAUAACAUCGAAGUGUAUUUGAAACCUACAAGAACAGAAGGAUUCCCUCUACCUUGUAGAUAAGGUUGAAAACAAAGUAUUCUUUUGGAGAUAAAAGAAAAAAACAAUUGCUUCAACCAUUUACUAAAAGACACCAGCAUGAAUUUUAAUAUCUGAAAUACAAAAAAUUACUUUCAAAUGUCCAUGAAGUUAUCUGGUCUCCUUGUAUUUUCUCAUCUGGGUAGAGUUAAUGCUAUAGCCAUUUUUGCCCUCAAUAGGAGCCACAGUUCAUGCUCAUUGAGACUUCCACUUGAAAGGCUUUAGAAGACUUCCUUUGAAAACUGUCUCCCAAAGAACAUAUGGAUAGCUACACUCUAUUUAAAUCUAGUCUCUGACAUCAGAACAGAGGCCACACUCAGCAAAAUGAAGGUCAUUCUAGCCAGGUCUCAUGGCAUAUGCCUGUAAUCCCAUCAUUAGGAAGGCUGAGGCAGGAAGACCCAAGCCUAGGCUACAGAGAAACCCUGUCUUUAAAAAAAAAAAAAAAAAAAGAGGUCAUUACUGUUCAACACCUGACCUUCCUACUGUCA